UAAGCUUGUCAAGCUGUAGAGUUAAGGUUUUUCCAAUAACUGAACUUUUUGGCAUUUGAUUGAAAACUUACCAUGUUUUGGGCGAAGGGCCUCUUACUUUACACAAUGGUUGUGGUGACACAGAGUUUUUCUUUAAGGGCUGAUCAUGAGGCCUUUUCUGAAGCAGGUGCUGCUUCUGGAGCAGUCUCUGAAAACAUGGUCCGAUUUGGCCAACUUUUAAUUGGUGGUCAAGAUGCAGUAUCUAAUAAGAAUGUGAAGACCUCUGCAUUGAGGUCAGUGGAGUCUCAUGGGCACCAGUCAAAUGAGGAAGUGUGGUUUCAACCUGCUAGCGCUAAACUGCGCCGUCUGGGUUAUGUGCGAUGUAGCAAUAAUACAAUGACCUUGCGCAUUCCGGGACCGAGAAUGCCGCACUUUCUGGUUGACCGAGGAGAGGAGUCGCCAGUACCCUUGUCUGAGAUGCCAGCUAGUUGUGGUUUUUCACUGAAGCGGGCACGCAGGGAUGUCUCCCUUGUUGCUCCAUACAGGGGCUGUCAUGUCAGAAAACAGGGUGGAAGUUAUAUUCUGCCACUCAUUAUAAUGGGAGCUCCAGUGCAAAUGUCUUGCCCUGUGAGUCCUCCCCUCCCUACGGUGUCCUGCUUCUCCUCUGGCAUGAUUGUCAAAUUUGGAGUCAGAGCAGAUGAAGUUAAAGUUAAAGUUGAUGGAUCGUGGCAGCCUCUCCUUGAGAAGUACACUAAAUGCUCAUUUACACUGGAGAUUACUGCUGGUUCACUGGUUAUCAUUGCACCAUUCACAGGAAGCUGUUGGGACAUUACAGAUACUGAAAGGCAACUCCCUCUGAUGUAUGGUGACCAGGAAGUGACACUUUCCUGUCCUGUGACACAACCAACCUUGGCCCCAACCACACCUGCUGUCCGUGACCCAACUGAUAUGCAACAAAUGUUUGACCAUUUCCCUUUUGGAAGGCCAUGGUGGUAUCCUCCUCCUGGUGUACCUGUUACCCUGCCUCCCACUGUGCCACCUACAACGGCUUCAACUACUCCUUUUCAAUAUCCUUUCCAGCAACCCAUGUUCCCUCACAUGUAUCCCAUGCCAGUGUUUGAUCCUUAUUACUUUAAAGGUGACCCAGCUGCUCCCCCAGCACCACAAUAUCCCUGGUACCCAAAGCUCCCUCCUUAUAUGAAUGGCUUCCACAGCCCAGUUGAAGUGACCACUCCAGCAUUGACCACGACUGCCCCUGCCCCAUACCAGCCUGAGCACCAAUAUCCAGGUUAUCCAAUGUACCCCCCAUUCUAUGGUCACCAACCCAUUGUGUCUCCAACUGUGAAAUACCCUUUCAUGCCUCAGUAUCGUAAAGAGCCAAUCUUUGGUCCCCGCAGCCGUAAAUCACUGUCUUCUCCUGCACUGUUAUCCUCAGUUUACAGGACUCGAAGAUGACCACUUGAUUGAGCUGAGUGGACUGAGGUGGCAUUGCUUUUUAUUGAUCCUGGAACAAAUUAAGUGACCUCAAAAGUUGUUGGGUUAAAGCCUAAUAAAGCUUUGUGACACUAUUUAAA